GGAGAAAGUGGAGUCGGAGCUGAGGUCCAUCUGCACCACGGUCCUGGAAUUGUUGGAUAAGUAUUUAAUAGCCAAUGCAACUAAUCCAGAGAGUAAGGUCUUCUAUCUGAAGAUGAAGGGAGAUUAUUUCCGGUAUCUUGCUGAAGUAGCAUGUGGCGAUGAUCGAAAACAGACGAUAGAUAAUUCCCAAGGAGCCUACCAAGAGGCAUUUGAUAUAAGCAAGAAAGAGAUGCAGCCUACACAUCCAAUCCGCCUGGGUCUGGCCCUUAAUUUUUCUGUAUUUUACUAUGAGAUCCUUAAUAAUCCAGAGCUUGCCUGCACAUUGGCUAAAACGGCUUUUGAUGAGGCCAUCGCAGAGCUUGAUACACUGAAUGAAGACUCCUACAAAGACAGCACCCUCAUCAUGCAGUUGCUUAGAGACAACUUAACAUUAUGGACAUCGGACAGUGCAGGAGAAGAAUGUGAUGCAGCGGAGGGGGCCGAAAACUAAAGGCAUCCAGGGUGCUGUCCUUCGUUCCCUCAAGAAAACCUUUUUACAUCUCCAUUCCUUAUUUCACUUGGAUUUCCUCUAGCAAGGAAGCCUAUUCGUGUGUAUGGGAUCAACUGUUUAUAGUCUUUUCACACUGCAGCUUUGGGAAAACUCCAUCCCCUGAUUUGUGUUGUCUCGGCCUUCCUGGUGUGCAGUUACUGCUGUAGAAAAGUAUCAAUAGCUUCAUUUCAUAUAAACACGAGUAACUUCCAGACACUUGUGUAGAGGACUGACAGUACAUUGGGUAUUUAAGUAAUCUGAACCAGUUCUGCAGGGGGCUGUGUUUUGUAUUACUGUGAAGAUAUGGAAAUGUAGUGCAUUACAAUUUACAGUAAUUGUGAUAAUAACACCCCGAUUUCUACAUUCCCUCUCUGACCCUUCUUUGGGGGUUAAUCCUUUCAGAAGCAACUUUUCCAUAAUCUUACUGCAUAUUCCUUUUUUAGUAGAAAUCCAGAAGUGUUGGAUUGGAUGGGAAAGCUCUUAAUGCAUCCAGUCUUGGGGGGGUCACAGAUUGAAAUGUCUCCUAUGUCACAUAUUCUGGAGGUUACAUCUGUCUGUGACAACAGGGAGUUUCCUUUAUGCAUUCUUCAUUUGCUGCUGUUUGAGUUGACAACUUCCUUCCCAAUAAAAAUUCACUUACACCUCCUGCCUUCGUAGCUCUGGUAUUCACUUUACCUUGUAAUAAAAGUAGCAUGUUGCUGCCAAAAUACAAGCAUUGCUUUGGGCAAAUUAAAAUGCAUGUCCUUUCUUAAUAUACUAGAAAGGGGAAAUAAAGUACACAAGUCCAAGUCAGUACUUUUCCAUGCAGAUCUGUGCACAUGUGAGAGGAUGUCCAGUUUGUCCAGUGAUUGUUCUUUAGAGAGACAGACCCACAAUAUUGUGUUUGCUAAUCAUUGACUGUAGUCCCAAAAAAGCCUUUUUGUGAAAUGUUAUGCCCUAUGUAACAGCAGAGUAACAUAAAAUAAAACUACAUUUUAUAAAACCA